AUGGCUACUUACGAAGAAGAACGGAUUGGCCACACGCCGUGGGUUGAAAAGUAUAGACCCAAAAAACUCGAUGACGUGGCUUCCCAGGGCCAUGCUGUGAAAGUUCUCAAAAAAACAUUGGAACUGGCCAACCUCCCACAUAUGCUUUUCUAUGGACCUCCAGGAACUGGUAAAACCUCCACGGUGUUGGCGUUGGCCAAGCAGUUAUACGGGCCUAGAUUGUACAAGCUGCGUGUUUUGGAGCUCAAUGCUUCGGACGAAAGAGGUAUUCUGAUUGUCAGACAAAAGAUCAAGAACUUUGCUCGGUUGACGGUGUCGAACCCUACUUCUGAGGAUUUGAGAGACUACCCAUGCCCGCCUUAUAAAAUCAUCAUCUUGGAUGAAGCUGACUCUAUGACCAACGACGCCCAAUCGGCCUUGAGACGUACCAUGGAAAACUACUCGCUGGUUACCCGUUUCUGUCUCAUCUGUAACUACAUCACCAGGAUCAUCGAUCCAUUGGCUUCGAGAUGUUCGAAGUUCAGGUUCCGUUCUUUGGACAACGAGAACGCCAUGCUGCGUUUGCAGUAUGUGGUGGAGGCGGAGAAUGUACCUCUCAGUGGCAACGACGUUCUUGAGGAGAUCAUCAAGGUAUCGGGAGGUGAUUUGCGUAAAGCCAUCACUUACCUACAACUGGCGGCGCGUCUUUCGGUGUCUUUGGAUAAUAGUGAGCCUAUUACAGCAGGAAGGAUCAGAGAAAUUGCCGGUGUUAUUGAUGAAGCGCUCAUCGACAAGAUUCUUAAUACGCUCCGCAGCAAAGACAACAAGGCCAUUGCGGCACAGGUUGAGGAGGUUGUCCUCGAGGGCUGGAGUGCUCAGCAAGUUGCCGAUCAGCUACACGACCGUUUGAUCACGGACGAUGGCUUGUCGUCGCAGGAGAAAAACAGCAUAGCUCGUAUUUUGUUUGAGUCAGACAGGCGUUUGAACCACGGCACCGACGAACACAUACAGCUUUUGAACUUGGCGCUACAAAUAAGCCAGGCUUUGCAGUAA